AUGCUCACCAGGUUGGACAAGGCGAACACGACGCCGCUCCGAUUUUCCUGGCUUUUUGAGCACCUCGGGCACAAACGUUUCCAACCAACGAACAACUGGACCAUCAAGGCUAUCGAGGACUUGGAAACUGACGAGAUGUGCGACCUGGAGUUGAAGACUCACGCGGCGCUUUUGGACGUACUACGUUUUAUGUUUUAACUUUUAGAUCGGAGCAGUUUUUUGACUGCGUCAGAGGGUGGCCGAGCAACUAUUCACUGCGUAGCUUACAUGCUUUUCUCUGAUUCUAACGAAUGCUUGUGAUAAGUUUCGCAUCUUGAAGCUCUCUCUUUUCUCAUUAAGAUUUUUCUUCAUUAGGACUGCCAAUUUUCUUCGAUAUAAAUGCUUCGACGAUGCUAUAGCGAUCUUUUUUCUAGUCGUGAACCCUCCUCAUUAUGAAUCUUCUCAUCAUGCAUCUCCAUACAUUUUUUUCUAUCGUAGGUCCAUCUCCUCACACAUCUUUUUCAUCAUAAUAAAACUUAUCGUCGUAAAUCUCUCUCAUCCUAAACUCUCCCUCAUAACGAUCUUACUCAACCACCACCAGUUCUGUUCUAACCGGGCAGCAAAAACAUACGACGAAGCACGAACUACGGAGAACAUCUUUCGACUGGCCGACGGUGCGCCUGGCUCCGCAAGUGCGUUUGCAGGGAAUACGCCGGAACAGGUUGCUGAGUACAUUAAUCGCGAAACGCCGCACACCUUGUUCUUGAUCCUGACCCAGCAAAAGCAGCGC